AUGUCUCCGGGCCUCUGCCGGAGAAAAAUAAGUGUUGACCAUGGCCGCGCGAAUGAACGGACUGGACGAGGUCCGGAGACUGGAGAAGACGGUGCACGACGGCAGCGCGGCGCUGUCGCCGGCGGAGGCCGAGAUCCUGAGCCGCCACUCGCAGUCGCAGGCGAACCUGGGCGAGGAUCAGCUGGAGGCGGACCGGCUGGCAAGGGACCUGCCCGAGGUGAGCCUGCGCUACGGCGCGGGCCCGGUUCCGCCGGACAACAAGAAGGUGUUUUUCUUCGACAUCGACAAUUGUCUGUACAAGCGCUCCACCAAGAUCCACGACCUGAUGCAGGUGUAUAUCCACCGGUUUUUCAAGGAGCACUUGCACCUGAACGACGAGGACGCGCACGCGCUGCACAUGAAGUACUACAAGGAGUACGGGCUGGCGAUCGAGGGGCUGGUGCGGCUGCACAAGAUCGACGCCCUGGAGUACAACAAGGUGGUGGACGACGCGCUUCCUCUGGACAAGAUCCUGCGGCCGAACCCGAAGCUGCGCGAGAUGCUGCUGCGGAUCAAGCGGGCGGGCAAGGUCGGCCGGCUGUGGCUGUUCACGAACGCGUACAAGAACCACGGGCUGCGCGUGGUGAGGCUACUGGGCAUCGGAGAUCUGUUUGA